CCCCUCUUUUGCUUUGUUGAGUAGGAGUACUACCUACUAGUCUUCUUCUUCCUCCUCCAGCUACCUCCACCCACCUUGAAGCCGGACCUGUUCUUGCUCCUCCUCCCAUGAGCAUUUUCUUCCUCCCAAGAACAGCAGCCUGGUUUCACCCUCAGGGAGCACAGCAGAGUUGGUCUCCUCCUCUCUGUGCCUCAGAAAUCUCGCAGCCUACAUCUCCCACCAUGAAAUCCGCAUCUCGAUCCACAAAGUUCAGCUUCUGUCCACCAUGAAGCGAGCUGUCGAUCCGCAAGCAUACAGGUUCAGCAUCUGUCCAAGCGUAGAGACCAGCAGCCGGUGCCGGUGGCUGGUCUCUAUCCUUUGACUGAAGUUGCAACCAAAUCAACCGCAGGGGAUGGCGUCGAGGAGGCCGGAACAGCAUCGUUGCAGCGGAGAUCCGCCGGGGUUGCAAUCCUCUGGCGUUUGGAGGUGCUCCCAAGCCGAAGACUGGCGGUCCCUUGACCCUGGAUCGGCGUUGGCUGCGAUGCGCGUCUCGCCCUGCGCAGCAUCUCCGUAUCCGUCGCCCCUCCCUCGACCCUGCAGGCUGCAGCCCAGCCCAGCCCAGCUGGUCGAAUCGAGUUCCAGCGACCGGAGCACACGCCCGAAGCCCAGGCGGCCUUCCGCAGCCAGCCCGUCGUCGAUUUGCUCGGCCCAUUAGCUGACCCUUCUUACCCAGCGACGCGGCUCCUCUUCAUCAUAACGCGACCCAGGAGACGUUCCCCUCCCCCGUUCCCCUCCACUCGCCGCCGCAGCUCCCGGUCUCGCCGCCGCCCCCUCGACGACCGGAGCCCCGAGAACCGCCGCCGGACAGCCAGGGAUGGACUCCGGGAGCCGCGUCGGCCUCCAGAUCGUCCUCGGCGACGAGAAGGGACUCGGCGACGUCCAGGUCCUCAGCGACAACAAGGUCCCCGGCGGCGGCGACAAGGUCCUCGGCGACGACGACAAGGUCCUGGGCGACGACGACAAGAUCCUCCGCGCCUUGGGCAUCCUCUCCGACGACCUCCAGGCCCCGCACUCCGCCGUCCCCGCCACCGGCGAGACCGUCCAGCUCGGCGCCCUCCCUCCCGAUGCUCUAGCCCCCACCACCGACGACGACGACAGCAAGUGCCUGUUCUUCCCUGUCGGCCUCCGCACUCUCCGUGACAGCCCCGACGCCCCUCUCAAGGAGGAGGACCCUCAGCAGACUGAGGAAGAUGCUCUUCUCGCUGAGAGGAUGAGGCGCUCACCCUUCAUCAACUGGAAAGCAGUGGCCAAGCGUGAAAAGGAGAGGGCGAAGGAGGAGGCAAUGCAGAAGACUAAGCUUGACAAAUGGAAUGCAAUGUCUGAGCUUGAGAAGCAGGAGGAGGAGGAGAAGGAGAAGGAAAAGAAGGAAAUGGAGCUUGCGGCGUUGCAAGCCAGGCUCGAUAAAGACUUUGAAGAAGGCGAGGGUAAGACAAGGUGGUGUAUGGGAGCUUGAGCGGUCUUAUGGUGUUGCUUUUGUACGCUGUUGCUACUAGUACAUUGCAAGAACACUGUUUUGCCGUUUCGACGAUGAUGGCUCACUGGAGCAGAAGGUUCUGUUGGUUGCUACGGUCUUAUACCCUAGUUUUCUUUGGUUGGAUUAUUGCUGAAACCAGUUACAAGUUAAUUAAGCAAGGCAAGUCUAAAAUGCCUACUAUGAUA